AUGGCGUCGCACACGGGCCACGAUGUCCGGGCACGGCUCCAGGAGCUCGCCAGUGAUUGUGGUGUCCACCCCGUGACGGCGCCCAUUUCUCCCGCCUCGCCACCGCCGACCGUUCGGAGGCCCGACGACGACUUCAACGCCGAGGAGCUGCUGAAACGCCAGCGCUUGAACGCCAGCGCAGACAAAUCCCAGAACGGCCUCAAGCGAGUUUUCAGCACAAAUCCUAGCAAGAAGACAUGGGAGCCGCAGGAGCUCCUCGAGGCCCUCGAGGCUCAUGUCGGCAACCGCGGGUCACCCGGCAUCGCUGAGGCUAUCAUUGCCAAGCUGCUUGCCGCCGGUGGGAACAUUAACAACCAGUCAAACGUGAAGAACAGAUCAAGUCUAUUGCCAAGGAAACGCAGUAUGGAGUUGAUGCAACCCCGCCGCACCUUGCGAAAGGCUAUUGAGAACCGCCAGCACGACAUGGUGGCCGUGUUGGCUCGGUAUGCAGACUCCCAGACUCUCGACGUCGCGUUCCAGGCCGCGAUACAAUCCGGUGAUGUGGCAAUUGUUCAGAUGCUGCUGUACCGGGGCGCCAACGCCGCCAAUACACAGGAUGGCCUGGACUCUUUCCGACAACUGUGUAUCUUGGGGGGCUACGCGGACCUGAUCGGCCUCAUCCUGCAGUCCCCAGGGAAGCCUUCGUUGGAAUGGCUAAGCAUGUGUAUGGUUGAUGCGGCACGGAAGGGCUGCUUCGAGACCGUCCUGAGGCUGAGCAGGGCAUCCGCCAACGGCAACCACAACACCGCCGAGGCUCUGAGGACAGCUAUCGCACAGAGCAGGCUAGAUAUCGCGCUUGCCAUCCUCACUGGUGACAACCCGCCCAUCGCAGGAAGCCCUAGCCUCAUGCAGAGCUUCACCGACCUGUUUGAGCGCUCUAAUGUGGGACCCAAGGAGAAGUUAAUCUUGGCCGAGGCCUUCCUCUGUGCAGGGGCCUUUGGUGAUCCCGUCUCGGAAGCGCUGUCCCAGGCUUGCAAGACGGAGUUUUAUGACAUGAUCAACUUGCUCGUCGCCUACGGAGCGUCACUGGAGUACCAAGACGCCAGCAUUCUCCGGCAUGCCAUCUCGAGAGGACAGACAGGUCUGAUGAACCUGUUAUUGACCGAGAACUCAACGCUGAGCGCGACGUCGGCAUCUGAAUGCGUCCGAGUCAUACCGAAAGCGAUAGCCCCGGAAGAGCGCCACGCCCUUCUGAGCAUGUUGUUACGCAAGGGCGCAGCGGGGACAGCUCUUCACGAUGCCUUGAUUGACGCCGUGCAGGCCGGCGAUAUUCAGUCAGUCGAGCUUUUGGUCACGCCAUUUUUCCCAGGAUCGAGGCAUCCCUCUAACCCCGACACUCGAAAUGGCAACCGCGGGAUGGUCUACAGUCGGCAUGAGAUGGCUUCGGUGGACCACAAGAACGGGUUGGCGUUGGUGAAUGCGAUAAGAAUGGGCAGCCUGCCGAUGGUGAAGAAGCUCCUGGUCGGAAAGCCGUCUACGGACACACUCAGUCUGGUGUUCCCCGAAACUCGUUACCUCGUGGCCAACGAUCGCUAUCUGAUGACCGAGUGUCUCCUUUCAGCCGGCGUUAGCGGUCCUUGUCUCUCGAUUGCCUUGGAUCAGGCCAUCGCAGACCAGUCAUCGCGACGAGACGAGCAUUUAAUAAGUCUUUUGCUACGUCAUAACGCCGACGUGAAUUUCAAUGACGGUGCCGGCAUCUUGUCUGCGAUUGCCAUUAAGGACAUCACCCUUCUGGAGACCCUGCUCAAAAACAGACCAUCACCUCAAACAACAGCUGCCGCUUUGGCCAGGGCUGUUCUUGUGGAUGACAGGAGAACCCGAUAUCAGAUGCUGAGGUUGUUGGUUGGAGCAGGUGCCGGCUUGGAGGGUACAGAAGGUUCAGAAGCUCUGAUACAUCUUCUGGCUGAGAAGGAAAUCGACAUGCCUCCAGUGAAGGUGCUUCUUGAGCAUGGGCGAGUUGACGCCAACUUUGACAAAGGAAAACCCGUCAAUCUCGCUGUCAAUAAUCCCAACCCAGCCGUACUUGAACUGGUCUUGAAACACGGAAAACCUACUCUUGCGGCUCUGAACCUCGGCUUGAUGGCUCUCUGUGACAUGCACACAGAUACUAAUAAAGUUGCUAAGGUUAAGUCAAUCCUCCAACGUUCAAGACACCAGGAGUCGCUCGACGCCGCGUUGCACAAAGAAGCAGAAAUGCUAUCGAAGAUGCCUCAUGACCAGCGUAUUCUUGCCGUCUUUCAGUCUCUCAUUUCAGCCGGGGCCAACCCAAACACCAACCAAGCGGCAGUGCUCUGUUUAGUCGUGAGAGCUGCCGACACGCCCUUGUCAGAUCUUCUCUUCAAGACUACAAUAACCACUGAAUCAGUAGCGUUGGCUCUUCGUCACUCGCUCAAUAUCCAGAACCCCGGGGACCGUCUUGUUUUUACGCGGACGCUCAUAGAGGCCGGUGCUCCGGCAUUCGAGACCAACCGUGCCCUAGCAUAUGCCAUAGACACAUACGCUGGCGACGACAAACAGCCCUGCGACAUUUCACUAAUUAACCUACUCGCAGGGCAUGCUGACUCUACGGACGGGGAGGCCGUUACCCGGGCGUUGAAGAAGGAAAGAGUGGACCUAGUCAGUCUCGUGCUCGAUAGAACGCCCAAGAAGUACGAUAUCACCGUCCUUGGCAAGGUGUUUCUCGAUGCCAUAAAACUACAAAACCGGGAAACGCGAAUAGCAAUCUGUACAGCACUUGUCAAAAGGGGGGUCUCGGACGCAACAAGCACACUUUCCGACGCGCUACAAACGGCUGCUUCGGACGGAGACGUAGCUCUCGGAGCAUUUUUGAUAGAGCAUGGAGCUCGUCCCGAGCAUAAGGACGGCCAAGCCGUUGUCGAAGCCUGCAGAUCAGGCGCGCCGGCUGUCCUCAAAAUGUUGCUUGGCAGCAAAGUCGCGAUGCAGAAGCAAACGCUCGAAAGAGGCUUCCAAGCGGCAACCGAGAUUGGCGACUUGAAGAGGCGUGGAGACGUUUUCCGUCUCCUUCUCAAAAAGGGGGUCAACGGCGAAGUGGUCGACGAACAGUUGGUUUCGGCCGCAAAGUUCGGCGACGAUGGCGAGGCAUUGGUGAGGCUGCUUCUCGAGUUUGGGGCCAGCGUCGACUACAAUUCCGGGGAUGCCAUCUGGAAUGCUACGCGCAGCACGUUCAUGGGCAGCCUGAAACUGAUGCUCGGCGUGGAGCGAGUCAGCGACCGCCAACAAAAUCCCUCUAGCGAUACACUGCUGAAGGCACUGAAGGCCAGCCGCAAGCUGAGCCGGGAACCGAGAUAUCAGGUCGUUGAGUGGCUAUUCCAGGUUGGACUGCCAGUCACCGAAAUACUUCACACCGCUUUAAACAAGGUUGUGAAGGACGACCCAGACCUUCGUCUCAUUCGGCUCAUGCUAAAGAAUGGCGCCUCGCCGCUAGCCAACGGCUGCCAGACGCUUACCGAUGCUGCCCAGCUACUUUUGGUCGAUGUCUUGGCGGUCCUCUUGGAGUUCGACAUCCCGGCCAAGGAUGUUUCGUGGGCAUUCCAACAGGCUUUUAUUCCUGAGACUUCGUCGACAUGGCUCACCGAGCAGGGCUUCCAGGUUGCCAAGAUGCUACUCGAAAAGGGCGCCGAAGGAGAGAGUCUCUCGCUGGCUCUUAGCACCGCCAUCGACUCUUAUGGGUCGCACAACGACGAGAUAGCUCGCCGGUUUGGCAGUCUUCUCUUGCACAGCAAAGCCGACGUCAGCUACCAAGAUGGCUUGGUGGUCCAGAAAGCGGCGAAGAUUGCCGACUCCGAACUCAUCCAGCAAGUUCUCGAGCGGAAACCAGACUCUCGUGCCAUCUCUAUGGCAUUCCCUUACAUCUUCGACGCGGACCUAUCGGAAGAAGAUACCCUUCUAUUGGUGACCUUGUUUGCUGAGUAUCACGACGGAGAAGAGCGGCUCGACCCGUUGUACACGCCCCCUGGGUCUGUCCCAGUCAUUUUCCGCGCAUUGGCCAAAUUUCCUCGCUCGGCAAAAAUGCUGCAAACGCUACUAUAUGCCGGGUUUUAUCAUGACCAGGUCACGAACAUGCGAGUGGUCGACGAGAUUGACGAAGAUGAGCAAGUUACUCUGUUGUUUUGGGCACUCUUCCAACCCCAGAAGAGGGUCAGCAGUUCCGUCAUUGAGCUCCUGAUCAAACGUCGCGCGAAAGUCAACUUCGUGACGGCCUUGUCCAAGAUGACACCACUCAUGCUGGCUAUCAAGGCAAAUCGUCUCGAUCUCGUGAAGUUGCUCCUUCUUGAGGGUGCUGAGGUCGAUGUCGCGGAUAUCACGGAGAAUACGCCGAUGACCAUGGCGACCAAGAUUGGCGGCGACCUGGGCUAUUCUAUAAUAUCGAUGAUCCUAACGGCCGAACCAUCAGUCAAUGACGGCUCACUGCACAACGCAGCCAGGGAGCUGAACGUGAAGACUAUGAGCCUGCUCAUUGACCAUGGGCACGAGGUUGACUUCCCAAGCCACCUUCACGACGGCCGUAGUGCCCUCGGCGAGAUUUGCUUAAAGGCAGCCCAUGCUGGGCCGAUUCCGCCCGCGCAAGAGAAAGUGAUGGUCAAGGCGAUGAGUCUCCUAAUUCAGCAUGGCAGCGAUCUCAAGAUAAAGCUGAAGGGCAAAACUGUGCUACAUCUCGCAUUGGAGUCUGAGGACCCCAUCCCAACAACCCGGGCGCUUCUUAAAGUCGGCAUGUGGAAGCACAUCAACGAGUCGUACAACCACUUUGACGACGGUACAUAUACGUACUCGCCCUCGCAGUAUGUUGCACGGGUAAUGAAGCAGUCCGACAUGACCUCGGAGCUCCUCAGCUUGCUCCACGCCAACCGCGCCCUCGAUGUGUUCUACGCGAACGAGGGCGCGCAGCCUGCAGGAUCCGUGAACCUCCCUGAAGAGCUCCUGAGGGCAGAGCGCGAGCGGCGGGCGCACGAAGUUGCGCUUGCCCGUACAAAGGAAAUCGCGCAAAUCCAGAACCAGAUUUACCUGACCCGGGCAGAAAUGGAGGAUGCACGGGCGCGACGGCAGCACGAAGAAAUGAUUGGGGGGAUCAAAGCGCGGCAGAUGAUUGAGGACGAGGGCUUCGCGGCGGAGCUGCGGCGACGCAACGCUGAGCGUGAGGCGGCCAUCGCGCACGAGCAGCAGCUGACGCAGGCCGGACUGACACGCGCGCGUCUCGUGGCGGACUCGGAGCUGCAGCUCGAGUCGAACCGGCAGCACAAUAUGAUCGAGUGGGAGCAGUCGCUCGCGACCCAGCAGGUCGCCAACGCCAAGCAGCUCAGCGCCCUCCGGAUCAAGGAGCGCGAGGCCAUUGAGCGCUUCGACUCGGCCAGCGACGCCCGCACCGUCAAGCGCAUUACGGAGCACAAGAAGCUCGUUGACAGCCAGAGCAGCCUCGCGGCCAAGCUCGCCAGCGGAGGCGUUGACCAGCGGAGACAGAUUGGCUACAUCACGGGCGAGCUGGACUGA